UUCACCUGAGACAAAACUGUGAAAGGAAAUCGGGUGGUUUAUACAUGAUCAUUACAAAGAUGUUUGAUAUCCUGGAUAGUGGAUACGUAGCGGGUAAUUAAGUGAUCCGCUACAAGCAUAAAAAACUCUUCAUAUUGUCGAGCUCACGUCCGCAGCAAUGGUUAAUGUUCAUAAAGGAAUUCUCGUCAAGUGUGACCCUGCUAUGAAACAAUUUCUCCUACAUUUAGCAGAAAAUUUAGUUUUGGGCAAAAAUUUCGUACAUACGGAUUUAGAUGACUAUCAUUUGUUUAUCGAUGCAGAUAUUCUUAGUAAACUUCAAGAGAAAAUAGAUGGUCUGAUGGAGAGUUUAUCUUUUCCAAUGACUGUUGAAAAUGAUUGAUUUUGUUGUUCCAUUUUUGAAUGUUCACUGUUCAGUCAUCCUACACUUUACUCGUUUUUGUAAAAGUGCGACACUUGUUCUACUGUUUAUCAGUAUUCUGUGAAUGGCGUUGUUCCCUAUAAUCUGACUACUUAUACCGUACAAUGUCAUAUUUUGUAAAUAACUAAUAUGUAAAGAUGACUUUCGAAAUAUACGGUUUUGCAUUACGACCCUGUUUUGUUUACCUCUCCAACUCAUUAUUUCUAAACGGUGCUUUAAGUUCACUGAUUUCGAGGGGUAUGAAACAAUGUUGUCACCAUCUCGUUUGACACUCGAUUUUUUCGAGCCAAAUGUCAUAUAUUUCUCACUGUUAAUACAUCAGUUUAUUUAUAGACUUCACCAGAUCACCUAUAUUACCCCACUGUCGGUUUCUCUAACGUCAUUUCUUUUUCGAACUCAUAUAUUUAUCUUUUUUUAUUAGUGUGAUCUUUCCAGUCACCCUCAAGAUUAGAAAACGCUGAGAACAAAAGCAGUUUUUCGGCCGUCGAGUUAUUUUUUAUCACACGUUUUCAGCACCAGAGCUUAUUCUGUGCCAGGAAUUACUAGAUGAUCACAAUGUUGGGUGUGUUGCUUGAAUUUUUAGGCUAUAUCUUAUGAAGGAAACUGAUUACCACUGGUGAAAAACCUCUGGACAGGUUAAAUGGACAUACAUUUCUCUGUAGUGUCCAUUAACAGUUGUACAUUUAUCGAAGUGUGGUGUACUUGACGAACCUACAAAAGUUCGAAAUUCACUAAGCUUGUUCGUAGUGAUAGUUUCGGUGCCAUAAAUUCAAGAUAGUCGCGAGAAUAAAUCAGUAAACUAGGUGAAAAAAAUAAUUAGUUAUCUCAUGGAAAGUAGAAAUAUGUUCUAUUCAUUGCUGCUUAGUGAGUUUUCACUCUCGUGACAAGGUUUGGUUAGUUUUGUGAUAACUUCAUCCCUUUCAUGAUGUUUCCUGUUUUCAUUACUGACUAUCCAGUUAUUUUAGUACUUCUUUCCUUUUUCAUUCUGGGGUUUGGAUUUGUUUAUUUUCUGCUCAUUGUGUACUUUUGAUACUAACUGAGAGGGUCGCACGCUUGUAUAACAUAAUCCCUUUAAGUAUAUGUUCGAGAUAUUAGAGGAAAAGGUCGAUUUGAAAGUUAUGUUAUGCAUAUUUCUUUCUCUCAGAUGGUUCAGUCAAGACGUUUUCACUACCUCCCAUAGAUUAAAUUUUCACUGAAAAUGUUUAGAAGAGCAACGUAGGAAUCUCAGUUAAUAUUCGUUAGGUGAUAUCUGUGGGAUCAUAAAAACAAGUUCAUAAUAUUAUCCGGUAUUAUUCAGAUAUUAGGUCAGGUUUGUCUUUCCGUCACAUCGUUUAAAGCCAACAAAACUACCGAAGUAAUGUUGAACGCGUAUGUGUUUAAUGUUAUGUAGCUUCUAUAAAUAUAUUUUAUGAAAUGAUUAAAUGAAGUAUUUAUUGGUUCAUCGUUCAGGUACUAUUGUAAAAUAAUAUUGAAAACAAUCACUCAAAAGUCUUUGUCUAUCUGUGCAUUAUAUUGGAUUCUUAUUCCAGGUCUGAACAAUGAUGGCAGAUCAUACAUCACAGAUCAAAUCACCUGUAGACAAUAAGUAUAGUUCAGACAUGGAUAAUCCGGACAAUAUGUAUGGUUUCUUUGUGAUGAUUUCUUCCUUCUUAAAUCUUCACUAGAGAUAACAAUAAAGAUGGUACAAUACGAAGUCUUGAAGAAAAACUCAAAUUGUUAGAUGAAGAAAAGUUAGAUCUUGAAAAUCAAAUUUAUGCAGCUGAGAAAAAAUAUCAUGAACAAUUGGAUUCUUAUUUAGCGCGUUAUAUUAAUGCAGACUUCAGUUUAGCUCAAAUGGAAUAUAUAUUGCCUGUUAAAAGAGCGAAAUUUAGUAAAGUACAUGCAUCAACAACAUCUGGUUAUUCAUCAAAUUCUAUUGGUAUUGAUGCCAGUUCAUUAAUUACAUUGAAACAUUUCUUUGAACCUUCAAUGAAUCUUGUUUAUAAAAAAUUACAUGAAAUAACAAAAGAAGCACAAAAUAAAUAUCGACAAAGUAAUGAUGAUAUGUUAGCAUGGAGAUUUUCACCAGAAAGUACAAUAGGGAAAUCAUUAAUGUCACGUAUUCGACAAUUGUUAAACGCUAAUGAAGAACUAGGUCGAGUCAAUCAAACUGAUCGUGUAGCUAGAUUAGAAUCAGAAGCUGAAUUACAAACAACAUGUAUGAAAGAAUUUAUCAAAACCAAUGAAGACAUUGAAGGUGUACUAGAAGAAGCCUAUACAGAUUUAGAAGGUCUUCAAAGUAGUUUGUUAAUCUUGCAACAACAAAUAAAUCAAACUGAAUCAGUUGUUGAAACUUUACAGAAUGAACUAGAAUCACGUCAACCUGGUAUAGUCGCUGAACUGAUGACUGCAAUGCUAUCAAAGUUAGGUAGCGAAACAGAAACCGAAGUUGGUAAUGAUGAUGUUGAUAAUGAUAAUUGUAAAUCAACACCUGAUAUACAUAAUAAUCAAUCUGAACAGGAUGAUAUGCAAAGUAACACUGAUAAUGUCAAAUUAAAUGAAACAUGUAAAGAGGAAAAGUAAACUCUAUAAACCUUAUUUUGUAUGUAAAUACGUAUAAUGACUACUGUUUUUUGUACAGACAGAUAUUUUUCAUGUAUUUCUUCAUCUUUCAUAUUACACAUAUUUAUUAUAUAAAGAGAAUUUUGAUAUUUAUUACAUUGUAGAGUUUUGGUCACAUAGUGUAAUUAAGUUCAAGUGUUGUCUGUCUGGAUCUCUAUUAUUAUAUCAUUAAAUGAAAGUUCUGUAGUAGACAGUUCUCUUGUCGUAUAAUGCACAUGUAAGAAUCAGAUAAUCGUGAAACUAAAUAAAUCGAAAAGUUCUGUUUUCAGCGAAUUCAUUUCCAAAGCUGUACAAUUGCAAAUAUGUAUACUUAUUUUUACAGGAGGAUAUUAAUUACAAUAAUAAUGAUAAUAAACUUCGGUUAGACAUAGUGACAGUGAGGUAGAAUAAAUAAAGGUAUUUAAAUUUUUAUUUUAUUUUUAAACAGGGAAGUUAAUAAUGCAAAGAAGAUAUAGUCUAAUUGUCUUUGGAAGACUUCUACUUACCUUGUAGAUGACUUUGAACGCAGAGUCUGUCUUGAUUGAGAUCAUGAACCGAUUAGU